UUCCUAUAGAAAUGAAAGCAGCCACAAUCACAGGCAUUUGCCAGCAAUUUAGGCCUCAUAUUCUCAUGAUUCUAGCACAGAUAGGCUAUACUUUCAUGUAUAUCAUAACAGAAGCUUCAUUCAACCAUGGGAUGAAUCCUUUUGUGUAUAUCACUUAUCGACAUAUAGUGGCUACGCUAGUAAUGCUACCUUUUGCUUAUUUCCUCGAACGAAAAAUUCGACCACGGCUAACAAUUGCUCUAUUCUUGGAGAUCUUUGUUCUUUCGCUUCUAGGUGUGAGUUUAACACUAAAUAUGUACUUCACAAGUUUGAAGUAUACGUCUCCUACGCUGUUGGCGUGUAUGGUGAACACAAUAGCUUCUUUGACAUUUAUAUUAGCAGUGAUACUCAGAUUGGAGAUAGUAAAUCUUCACAGCCCGCGUGGGAUGGCAAAGAUCCUCGGAACUUCAAUAUCCUUGGCCGGUGUCAUGACCAUGACAUUGUAUAAGGGACCUGGAUUGAAAAAUAUCGGGCGUGCACUAGUUCAUGUUGGUGAAGGAAACAAAGCCUUCCAUGAGAACUGGUUGAAGGGCUCCCUUCUUGCAGUCGCAAGCUGCAUCACAUGGUCGAUAUGGUACAUUAUGCAGGCUUACACCUUGAAACGGUAUCCAGCGCAGCUUUCACUGGCUACAUGGAUGAAUUUCAUAGGGGCAGCACAAUCUGCUGUUUUCACAGUUAUUGUACAACACAAACAAGCAGAAUGGACAAUUGGUUUCAACAUCGAUCUCUGGUCUACUUUAUACGGCGGUGUAAUCAUCUCAGGCAUAGUGACUUUCAUUCAGCUAUGGUGUACAGAAGCAAAGGGACCUGUAUUUGUCACCAUGUUCAAUCCCCUAUCAACAUUGUUAGUUGCAGUUUUAUCAUAUUUCGUCCUCAAUGAAAAGCUAUAUGUUGGAAGCAUCAUAGGCGGAGUGAUUGUAAUUGCGGGGCUCUACUUGCUCCUAUGGGGAAAAGAACACGAUGAAGCACAAACAAAGCAGGAAGAGAAUCAAGAACCAAAUACCCUAAUAUUCCCUUCGGCGAACAAAAUGACGGAAUCUAUAAACGUCCACGCUGUUUCUUCUAGCAGGAAAUGCCCAACAAUGGCGUGA